GAUAUAGUAAUAGUAAUAGUAAUACUGCCUGCCCCUAGUUCAUCUUAAUCUCUUUCAUUACCUUUUAUGAAUCUUGAGGAAGUUAAGAAGAGUGAGCAGUGACAUUAAUCAAUCAAUGGGAAGAAUCUUUGCAGUUGAGCUGGAUGGCAGAGUUUACGGCUGCAAGUCCUGCAAUACUCACCUUGCUCUUUCCACUGAUCUCAUCUCCAGGGGAUUUUAUUGUCAUAGAGGAAAAGCAUACCUUUUCAAUAAUGUUGUGAACUUCACCAGUGGAGAAGUGGUGGAAAGAAUGAUGCUUUCAGGGAUGCAUACUGUCGCAGAUAUAUUUUGUUGUCGCUGCGGGCAGAUAAUUGGCUGGAAAUACGAAACUGUGCAGGAGAAAAGCCAGAAGUACAAAGAGGGAAAGUUUGUUCUUGAAAGAGGAAGGAUCGUUGAUGAAAUCGGUUUCUCCACUGAAUUCUGUGUUGAAGGCUGUGUCAGCAUGAGUGAUACUGAAGAUGAUUAGGCCUAUUAAAAUCUUUUGUAUUUGUUGGAUCAGGUGAAAGAAGAGCUGUUGUGUUAUGUGAAAAAUAUGAUAGAACCUUGAAAAUGUUCAGAAUCAGAACCAAUUUGUUUUGCUAUUUCAUUUUAGUAUUAGAAGAUAAAAUAUAAAAUAAUAAGUAAAAAUUUCAAUGACGUCUGUAAUUCGUGUAUCAAAAGGAGAUGGAACCGUCGGUUUCCUCUGAGGUCACUUGGUUGCAAGAUUCACUCUUCAACAUUGUGGUUCUCGAUUUGAGAUAUAGCCGAGAUGGCUAAGGAGAUGGAACCAUUUUUUUUGGACAAGACCUGGCUCUUUUCACACAGGGACAGAACUAGAUAACAUGGAGAUGAUUACUACA